AUGCAGCAACCUCAGCGACAGAUGUUCAUGAUGUCAGCCGUAGAAGCUGAGGCGAAUGAUCAAGUUAUCACUGGCAAUGUUCUUGUUUCUUCCGUUCCUGCUUUAUCACUCUUUGAUUCUGGAGCCUUCCAUUAUUUCUUGUCUCGUCGCUUUACGAGUGCCCACUCUCUUCCUAUAGCUUCUCUAACUAUAGGCUGGAAUAUCAACACGGGCAGUGGUAUCUUAGUAUCAUCUAGUGGUUAUGAAGCAUGCCCUGUAGUCAUCUGCGGGAGGAAACUCUUCGCAGACUUUCUGGUGAUUGAUUUGCCGAGCUUCGAUGCAGUAUUUGGGAUGGAUUGGUUGGGGUCAUUCUUCGCCACCAUUGAUUGUCGCUGUCGGAGCGUAGUAUUUGAGAUACCGGAUCACCAGAGAUUCGAGUUCACCAGUGGCAGCACAUCGGACGGACCUGUAGAGUACAGAGCUAGACCGAAGAAGGCGACGCUAGCUGCGAUGCAAGUGGAAUCCGAGAAGCCAAUUGUAGUUCGGGAAUUUGAUGAUGUGUUUCCCGACGAUAUUUAUAGAUUGCCACCGGAUCGGGAAAUUGAGUUUUCCAUAGAUUUGAGGCCUGGAGUUGCUCUGAUCUCUAAGACUCCUUAUCUUAUGCCCCCGACCGAGUUGGCCGUGUUGGAUAUAGGUGCCCUGCAGGUGAAGGUUAAGGAUUCUGAUGUCUCCAAGACUGUAUUCUGGAUGAGAUAUGGACAUUAUGAAUUCUUAGUGAUGCCGUUUGGUGUGACUAAUGCGCUGGCGACAUUCAUGAACCUGAUGAAUUUAGUAUUCUAUGAUGUAUUGGACAAGUUUGUGGAGGUCUUUAUUGAUGACAUCUUGGUUUACUCUAAGAGUGAAGUAGAGCAUGUAGAGCAUUUGUGGGACGUGCUGAAGACCUUGAGAGAGCAUCGACUAUUUGCCAAGUAUAGUAAGUGCCAGUUCUGGCUAGAUCGUAUAGCGUUUCUGGGAUACGUGGUGUUAGGAGACGGCAUAUCAAAGGAUCCGGAGAAGGUAUCAGUAGUGAAGGAUUGGCCUACCCCUAAGUCGGUGUCAAAAAUUAAGAGCUUCCUGGGAUUAGCUGGUUACUACCGUCAUUUCAUCAGAGAUUUUUUGAAGAUUGCGGAGCAAAUGACAUGA